GCAGCAGCGGAUCUAGCAGCGGCUGCGGGGAGGGGAAGAAGAGAAGAGGAGGAAGGAGACAACAGAGAGAAAACUGGGGAUUUUUUUUCUGACGGAUCCUCACCGAGCAUGGCGACCCAAACCGCGGCACCAUGCACCGGAUCCACUCUGCUGCAGCCCAUCAGCGAGAUCAUCAAUCUCCCCGUCGACCAGGUUAACUUUGUGGCGUGUCAGCUGUUUGCCCUGCUGAUGGCUGUGUGGUUUCGGCUCUACCUCCACCCCAGUAAGACCAGUCCAUUCAUCAGACAUGUGGUGGCCACUCUGCUGGGCUUCUACUUGGCUCUCUUCUGCUUUGGCUGGUAUUCCCUCCACUUCCUGGUGCAGAGCGGCCUCUCCUACAGCGUCAUGGUGUUCGCUGGCCUGGAGCACAUGCACAAGUACUGCUUCAUUGUGACGCUGGGCUAUCUGAUCUUGUGUCAGGUCACACGAGUCUACGUGUUUGACUACGGCAUGUACUCUGCAGAUUUUACAGGGCCCAUGAUGGUUAUAACGCAGAAGAUCACCAGUUUGGCGUUUGAAAUCCAUGACGGAAUGACCAAGCGAGAGGGGCAGCUGACUCCCAGUCAGAAAUACCUUGCUAUCAGACGGAUGCCCAGCUUGCUGGAGUACCUGAGCUACAACUGUAACUUCAUGGGCAUCCUGGCCGGGCCCACCUGCUCCUACAACGACUACAUGGCUUUUAUCGAAGGCACCUGCUACCAGCCACGUCACCAGGAGAACGGCAAGGAGAACGGGAAGUACAAGCAGACUGAACCUUCACCCAAGAAUGACGUCAUCUCCAAGCUGUGCACGUGUGCCAUCUCGCUGGGCAUCUAUUUGUCCCUGUGCAAUCUGAUCCCGGUGGAGCACUCCAUAAACGACGAAUUUGUCCGCACCACGCCGUUCUAUCUUCAGGUCAUCUACCUUUACGUGGCGAUGCUGGCCCUUAGGCCGAAGUACUACUUUGUCUGGACACUCGCUGAUGCUAUCAACAACGCAGCCGGAUUCGGCUUCAAUGGAUACAACAAAGAUGGCUCCCCACGGUGGGACAUGAUAUCAAAUCUCAGGAUUCUGGACAUUGAGUUUGCCACCAGUUUCAAGAUGUUCCUAGACAAUUGGAAUAUCCAGACAUCUCUUUGGCUCAAAAGGGUGUGCUACGAGCGCUGUCCCAUUAACCCCACUGCUGCCACCUUCCUGCUGUCAGCCAUGUGGCACGGGGUGUACCCCGGCUACUAUCUGACCUUCCUCACCGGCAUCGGCAUGACGAUGGCAGCACGUGCAGUAAGGCACAACAUCAGACCAUACUUCAUGGUCUCUGACUCGUACAAGUGCAUCUAUGAUGUCAUCACAUGGGCGUGGACUCAGGUCGCCAUUAGCUACACAGUGGUGCCGUUCGUCCUACUCACCGUGGCACCCUCACUCAAAUUCUACAGGUCCUGCUAUUUCUGCUUACACUUCCUGUGUCUGCUGGUGGUCCUGGCCCUGCCCGUCAGAUCGAGACGCCGGCAGGCCAAGGAGCAGAAGGACGGCCUACAGGACAACCAGGUGGAGCACAACAGCACAGACAACAACUGCAACCAGAAAGCCAAAGCCACAUGAGGCUCGGGGUGGCGACGCACAGUCCCUACAGCAGCAGGAACACCUGAGACGAACUAGAAAAACCACUGAGAGACUGGAGCGCGGCGAGUCUGUUUACGUGACAAAGAACCAAAUACCGGACGCUCUGAGAAUCCUAACAGACAGAAAACACAAACGUCCUGUCGAGACUUCCUGUAGCAAGGACAACAGCAAUCACACUUUCUGACACGGAGAAGAGACCAGGACGUAACGAUGGCCACAGUGUAAACUAAUGAGUGAUAGUGGUAACUUUGCAUUACAUGAGUGGAAUUGAAGACCUCCAAGCUGCCUUAAACCCUCUAUGUACUCGGUCAUGACGGCACGCUGCAGGAGCCUGAACGCAGUGUGGUGUUGGGUUUAUACAGACGCAGGAGAAGUGCAGUAUGUGGAGGGUUUUUGUCAUUGUCUGGAUACAAGCCUCUGUUAGGUGGAAACAGCGAAAUGUGUUAAUGUAAAAGAAACAUAAUUCUUUAUCAUCAGCUGCCAAUUUCAAACAGGCCUUAGGAUCCUCAAAACAUCGUCUGAUCUGUGUCUUUUUUUAAAACCUUCAUUGGAGAAGAAUUCGCAUUGUACUUGUUUUGUAUUUGGAUUUUUGUGACGUCACUAUUUGAAAUCCAUUCUUCAAUGUUUUGUUUUUAUUUUUUUCUUCUUUCUGGGAUGAAUUGACUGUGCAAUCCAACCUUCGUCCAUCUCCAGCAUUGGGAAGUCUAAACAUGGAUUUCUGUUUUCUUUUUAAAAUUAUUAUUCAUAUCUGCCGCUUUUUUUUUUUGUCCCACUCAGAUCAGAGAAAUUUGUGUUUCAAAGGGAGUUUAUUAACCUGUCGUGGUAUAGAAAACCUUUGUUUUUGUUCUUUUUUAAGAUUUCUGACCAUGGGUUCAGGUGUAUGAUGAUUUUUUUUUAUUUAAUGUGUUCAUCUUUUUUCACACAACAGGUUUCCUCUGUGUUCAAAUGCCUCUGUGAAACUGUUAAGUCUCCAAAAAUAUUUAAUCAGUGCAAUUCUAAAUAAUUAAAUUGUAUAAUUGGUAAAACAGUGGAUUACCAUCACUGCUCAACACUUGUGAAAGUCUAUUCUUAAACUCUUAAAUCUGAGAGGUGCAGCAGAAAUCUAAAUCUCAUUACCACAUUUAAUGAAGACUAAUUUAUUGUCAUAUGAUGUUGUAGUAUUAAUUAUUAAAAACCAAUUGAAUGUAUAAAAAACACAAAGUUUCCAAAUUGAUGCACAGUUAAUGUAUUCAGGCUUUAAAUCCUGUCUGCAGCCAUAUGUGCAAUUUGCAUUCGUCUGUGAGGAAAUCUGACCAACUCCAGUUAUUUAUGUAUGUCACAUUUUAUUGUACAAAAUUCAAAGACAUAGACCAACUGUAGUUUCAUGGUCUUAUUUCAUAUUGUGUGCUCUUAUGUUAGAUUAGGGGAUGUUUCAGGGUGCAUUUACUGUAUGGUGUAAGAGACACUGGUUCCUCAUGUUGUUUUUUCGGUCCAUGGCUCACCUUCAGCCUUCCACUUCAUCCAGGUUACGCUUAACAUCCAUCAGCAGUUCAUGAGACACUUUCAGGGGUUGAGUGGAGAAGAUGCGGUGCGGAGAACACGAUGUCAAACGCACCAAACUGUUGUUCAAACAGUCAAAUGAGUCACAUUUGUACGUAUCUGUUAGAGAAGGAAAUAGUCUGGGGAAUUUAAGCCCACAAUAUCAUAAACACCUUGAAGUUGUGCAUAUGUUUUUCUUUUUUGAAAACUUGUCAGUAUAUUUAGUUGGUUUCGUGCAUUCGUGUCAUGUAAAAAAUAAUAACAAAGCAGCCGUGGUUAGCUUUGAAAUAUGGACCUCUUCAUUUCUUUUUCUGUCUUUCUAACAUUGCAUAUUCCUGCCAUAACUCCGUGUGUGUGUGUGCGUGUGUGUGUACGUACCAGUAUUCAUGUGAUCUGUACAUGUAGAUGUGGUCUAGCGUUAUCUAUAUUUGUAGCCUGGGCCCCUUGUCGGCAAGUGUGGCCCACCUGAGGGAAAGGGAUGUCAUUCUACAAACAUAGCGAUUAUUGCACUGCAUGGCCACCCAAACCAGCAGAUCAUUGCAAACUGCUCCACAUGUCCAAAGUGCCAAAUCAUGAACGGCGCAUUUUGUUUUGUGCGUAUGGAUGCAUGUGUGCCUGUGUGAGUAUGUGUGGGCAUGUGUCCAUGUAGUGCGUGUGAGUGUGCGCCUGUGUAACAUAAUGGUUAUUUUUGUGUCAGAAGGAAAUUUAUUGAAAGAUUUGUAUAACAGUACAUUAAAAUUCUGAUUUAUGUGGCAAAAUAA